GAAAUAGAAAGGAAGGAAGGCAGGACGGAAGAACUGGGCUUCGCUUAAAGAUCUGAAGCUUUAAGCUUGCAGAAGAAUCUGUUGAAGUUCACACCAAUCUGGUGCAAUUCUAUACAGCUGUUUCUUCUUCUUCUGCAGAAGAAGGAACUAUAUAAAGAGAAAGGACUAACCAUGACAGGGACAAAGAGAAAAACGGAAAAUGCCAUCUGGAGGAAGUUCCAUGGCCUUCGCUACGAAGACUUCAAGCUGUGGUGUGUACGGAGGCUGCCUGUUUUGGAAUGGGUGCCAAAGUACAAUUGGAGAUCAGACCUGGUUCCUGAUACAGUUUCUGGGAUGAUGUUGGCUGUUCAACAGGUGACACAAGGGCUUGCUUUUGCUGUUCUGUCUUCAGUGCAUCCUGUAUUUGGUUUAUAUGGAUCUCUCUUCCCUGCAAUUAUUUAUGCUAUAUUUGGAAUGGGCCGCCAUGUUGCCACAGGAACCUUUGCUUUGACUUCCUUGAUAUCUGCAAAUGCUGUUGAGCGUCUUGUUCCUCCCAUGACCAACAAUUUCACAACAUACAAUAGCUCUGUAAUCUUGGGCUUAUCUGAGUUUGAGAUGCAGAGGAUUGGAGUUGCUGCAGCAGUUUCAUUAUUAGGAGGACUCAUUCAAUUAGCAAUGUUUGUGCUGCACCUGGGCAGUGCCACCUUCUUGCUGACGGAGCCAGUGAUAAGCGCAAUGACUACGGGAGCAGCUACCCACGUCGUGACGUCACAAGUGAAGUACCUCUUGGGAAUGAAAAUGCCAUAUAUUUCAGGACCCCUGGGAUUCUUUUAUAUUUAUGCCUACAUCUUUGAAAACAUCAAAUCCAUUCAGUUGGAAGCACUGUUUCUCUCUGUACUGAGCAUUGCAAUUCUUGUAGUGGUUAAAGAACUGAAUGAAAAAUUUAAAAGAAAAAUUAAAGUAGUUCUUCCUAUUGAUUUGGUUUUGAUAAUUGCUUCCUCUGCUGCCUGCUAUUCUGUUGAUAUGGAGCACAACUAUGGCCUGGAAGUUGUGGGACAUAUUCCAGAAGGUAUACCUCCACCAAGGCCUCCACCCAUGAAUAUCCUUCCUGAAGUAGUUACAGAAGCUUUUGGAGUGGCAUUAGUUGGUUAUGUAGCAUCACUGGCCCUCGCACAGGCCUCUGCAAAGAAGUUCAACUAUUCUGUGGAUGAUAACCAGGAGUUCUUGGCUCAUGGCCUCAGCAAUGUGAUCCCUUCGUUUUUCUUUUGCAUACCGAGCGCAGCAGCCAUGGGGCGCACCGCACUUCUGUACAGCACUGGAGCAAAAACUCAGGUGGCUUCUCUAAUAUCUUGCAUACUGGUGCUUGUGGUCAUCUAUGCAAUAGGACCAAUGUUAUACUGGCUGCCCAUGUGUGUUCUAGCAAGUAUCAUUGUGGUGGGGCUGAAGGGCAUGUUGCUGCAGUUCCGGGACUUAAAAAAGUAUUGGAAUGUGGAUAAAAUAGACUGGACUAUAUGGGUCAGCACCUACGUGUUUACAAUUUGCUUUGCUGCUAACGUGGGAUUGCUGUACGGUGUAGUCUGCACAAUAGUUAUAGUGGUUUUCCGCUUCCCAAGAGCAAUGACGCUGAGCCUGAAACAUAUGAAAGAAGUGGAGUGCAGUUUCAAAACAGAAGCAGAUUCUGAGUCUUUACAACAAAUAAAAAUAGUGUCAGUGAAUAAUCCACUAGUCUUUCUGAAUGUGAAUAAGUUUCACACUGACGUAUUACAAAUAAUCCAGAAAGAGAGCACAAUUGCACAGCAGCUACCUGAAGAUAUGAACAAGUGUGAACAGAACACAUUGCUCAGUCCAUUAUCCAAUGGGAAUUGUCAUGGAGAGUCGUCAUUACAACAGCAUCCCAAUGAAAGGCACACCCUAAUAUUCGACUGCAGUGGUUUGACUUUCUUUGACUACACUGGCAUCUCUGUGCUUACUCAGAUCUACAUGGAGUCUAAAAAAAGAAAUAUUGAUGUUGUGCUGGCAAAUUGCAAAGCUUCUUUGAUGAAGGCGCUGAAGCACAGCGGCAAGCUAGAAUCAGAGAAUGCUGUCUUCUUUGAGUCAGUUUCUUCAGCUGUUCGUGCCGUUCAGUUUAACAAGAAUUUCUGCAAGCCUAAUGAACACACGGAGGUCUGAUACAGCUUCUCAUCUACAAAAGGAACCAUACCAAAGUAUUUCUUCAGAUGUUUAAACAUCGGAUUUUGUUGGUGAUAAUUUCUACGCCAAGUAUAUUUAAAAAACCCAAGAGCAACAGUGUUUACUGUCUUAUUGUUCCUGAACUCACUCACUUUCUCUCUCUCUCUCUCUCUCUCUCUCUCUCUCUCAGGUUACCAUAUAUGACAGGCUUUUUAAAAAAUAACCUGGAUUGUUCUUUGAUGGUUACAUAUUUUUGUAUGCAUUUAGUUUUAAAAAG